CCUCGCGCCCUCGCGUCCCGCUCGUCCAAGUUCACAAUUGAACUGCAUGAGAAGUAUCAGGCGUAUGGCAUCCCUCGCCCGGAGUUUGUCUUCAGCGGAGACGGUGAGGAGGGUUUCCGCGUGAGCACAGAGUUCAUGGGAAAAGAGUUGCACGUGACCGAGCCGUGUGGAAGCAAGCAGGAGGCCAAGGAAAGAUUGAGCGAGGCGUGUCUGAAAGUUUUGAAGCAGCUGGAGUCCGAGGGGAAACUGGAGCGUGCAUCCAAGGCGAAGAAGCAAAAGAUGGAGCAUGCGCAGCCCGAGGUCAUCGAGAAGGGGAAGGAGAAGAUGCCUGUGGUGAACUACAUUGGACAGCUGCUUGCAGAGUUCCAACGCUCAAUCGCCUCUCCGCAACCCACAUACAUCGACUACCAGCUCGGCCAAUCCUUUUCCUGUGAGCUCACCAUCGACGGCCACCCCGACCCCUUCGGCUCCCGCACCACCUUCUUCACCUCGAAGAAAGCCGCCCGCCAGCACGCCGCCAGCUGCGCCGUUGCGCACUUCCAGGCCGCAGGCCUCUGGCCCAAGACCGCCACCCAUCUCGGCGGCAUCAAGAAAGUCAAGUCCCCUCCCGUCCCUACAUCCGGUUCCACCAUCCCCACCUCUCUCGCCUCCACAUCAUCCUCCGCCGACAACCUCCCCGGGGCAUCCUCCUACGCCCAGCGCGCCGCGCACCUCGCCACCCAGCUUGGCCUCAACACCCCCGAGUGGCGCUACGCGGCUUCCUCCGCCUCCGCUCAGGGCUUCCACACUGUGUCAUGCUUCUUCAAGAACGGAGGUCCGCACGAGGAUCCAAACUGUGAGGUGCGCCAUGUGUUUGGCAAGAAGAAGGCGAAGGAGGAGUGUGCGCGGUUGGUGCUGCAGUAUCUGGAAGGGGUGCGGGAGAAGAGGAUGGAGCAUGCGCGGGGGGUUAUGGCGGGGAUGAAG